AUGACCAAACGAACGAAGACGGAGGACGACGCAGAGACGACGCGGCGACGACCCGCCCGGGUCCACGUCGACGUCCCGCCCGGGGUGGAGCUCCCGUUGGAGAUCGGCACCAAGGUGCACUGCGCGUGGCGGGGCAAGGCGGGCGAAAAGUACCUCGCGCGCGUGAUCGAACGCAGACGCGGUGAAGGGAAAGGGGAGGAGGAAUACGAAUAUUACGUCCACUACGAACGGUUUAAUCGACGGAUGGACUCGUGGGUGACGCUCGGGGAGAUGGAUCUCGCCACGGUGGAACCGCCGGAGAAGACGGAGGACGGGAAGAAGAAGGAAAAGGCGAACGAACCGGACGCGGAGCACGCCGAGUUCGACGCGCACGCGCUGCGGGAACACGAGGAGUUCACAAAGGUGCGGAACAUUUUACAGAUUGAGUUGGGCAGGCACGAGAUGGACACGUGGUACUUCUCCCCGUUUCCUCCCGAGUAUAACGACUGUCAAAAGCUCUACUUUUGCGAGUACACCUUGCAGUUUUUCAAGCGCAAGGAACAGCUGCAGCGACACCUGAAGAAGAACGAGCUGAGACACCCGCCCGGGGAUGAGAUCUACCGCAAGGGCAACCUGAGCUUUUUCGAGAUCGACGGAAAGAAGCACAGGCUGUUUUGCCAGAACCUGUGCUACCUGGCCAAGCUGUUUUUAGAUCACAAGACGCUGUACUACGACGUCGACCUCUUUUUGUUUUACGUCUUGAUGGAGUGCGACGAAAGAGGGUAUCACAUCGUCGGGUACUUCUCCAAGGAGAAAUGUUCAGAGGAGGGAUACAACUUGGCGUGCAUCUUGACUCUGCCGCCGUAUCAGCGCAAGGGAUACGGUAAGCUUCUGAUUUCCUUUUCGUACGAGUUGUCCAAAAUCGAGGGCAAGGUUGGCACCCCGGAACGUCCGCUCAGCGACCUCGGUUUGGUGUCCUAUCGCGGAUACUGGACCCGAGAGCUCUUAAAAAUUUUACAGGACGAGAGUAAACAGUUCGUCUCCAUCAAAGACCUGAGCGAGAUGACGAUGAUCAAGACGGAGGAUAUCAUCUCCACCCUCCAACACCUCGGCUUGCUCGCCUACACAAAAGGCGCGUACGUCAUCUGCGCGUCCCCGGAGCUCAUCGAAAAACAUUUCAAAGCCGCCGGAUCCGGGGGCGUUCCGUGUGAUCCAGACGCCAUCGUCUGGUCCCCGUACGACCCCGAGCGCGCGAGGGAUUGA